GCGCUUUCGCCCCGCUGACUCUGCUGCGACACCGUGGUCAUUCCAAUCAGUGGAACUCGGAAGCCUGACCAGGGCGCGAGAACAGGCGACACCAGGGCAAGCUAGCCCGCUGGACGAGUGGGACACACUCCUUGGCGCAGCUCGGCGGAAAUGAAGACCAGAUGCAGCAAAACAAAAGCAGCGUAAAACAGCAAAAAGAGGGCAUGGCUUCGGAAGGCGUACCGCAGCGUGCCGAGCGAUACGAGUUGCACGGCCGUCGCGACUUCGACCGCAGCUACGGCAGCAUCAACUCUUCGUUGGCCGGAAGCAGCAACGGGCGUCGACGCCGCGCCAGCCAGUCCGUCGACGAUUCCGAGUGCGGAGACGACGAGCAGAGUCACACCGACCGACAGGGAAUCCUCAUGCAGGACGAAGAGGAUGACGAAGAGUCGGAUGGACCGACCGAAGAGUUCUGCAUGCCAUCCACGUCCACCGCACAAGUUGACAUGGCCACAUUCUUCAAAGACGGCCUGCGCAAAAUCGACUUCGUGCUCGUCUACGAAGAGAACGCGAUGGCCAGAGCGGCUGCAGCGGCCGCCGGGGCGGCCAGCGUGCCCAUCAGCGGCGGCGGCGGCGGCCGGCGGGCGGGCAAACACGAAACUUGGCGCCAGCGAUUCAUGGCCAACUUGAAGAGGGUUGGCCUAGAUAUGGAGGAGGAGGUGGUGGAAGCCAGCGGGCGCAAAGUCCUUUGCUUCAUCAAACUGCACGCGCCAUGGCCGGUGCUGUGCCACUACGCCGAGGAGCUGAACAUGCGGGCGCCGCUGCAGCAGAAACGGUCCGAUACGUCCGCGGAGGCGCACCCCAACCCCUCCGUUAAUUGGUCACAGCAGCUGUUGAAAAUCCUGCGCCUGCCCAACAUCAUGUACGAGGACGUGCCCAACAAGCCGCUGGACUACUACACGUGUCCCUUCCGCAAAUCCAAGAUCGAAAAAUUCCUGGGCCACGACAACCGCGCCACAUACUUCACCAACGUGCAACGCAGUCGCAUCCUCUACGAAAUCCUCAGCACCGCCGUGUUCGGCAAGAAGAAAAAGGGCGAAGUCGGCGUCGACCGGCUCGUCGAAGAAGGUGUCUUUUCAGCCGCAUUCCCUUUACACGACGGACCUUAUGAGAUUAAGAACCGUUCCGACUUGAAAGACACAUCCAAGUUGAAUGCUCGCCAGGUGCUCUACGAGUAUUGGGCUCGCUGGGGCAAGUGGUACAAAUAUCAGCCGUUGGAUCAUAUCCGCGAGUAUUUCGGAGAGAAGAUUGCCAUCUACUUCGCCUGGCUGGGCUUCUACACGGGUUGGCUAUUACCGGCGGCGAUCGUCGGUCUACUGGUGUUCAUGUACGGCGUGUUCACCAUUCACAAGAGCCAGCCUGCGAUCGAGGUGUGCGACAGCCAGGGCCAGUUCAGCAUGUGUCCGCUGUGUGACGAGAACAUCGGUUGCAAAUUCUGGGACCUGAGUGACGUCUGCGGCUACGCACGCCUCGCUUACCUAUUCGACCACCCGGGCACCGUUUUUUACGCAGUUUUUGUCUCUUUUUGGGCUGUCACUUUCCUGGAGUACUGGAAGCGGAAGUCUGCCAGUUUGUCGCACCACUGGGACUGCAUGGGCUUCAAAGAGGAAGAGGAGAGGCCCAGACCGGAGUUCGCAGCUCGUGCACCCUUUCUGGAGAAGAACCCCGUCACCGGCAUCCGCGAGCCCUCGUUUCCCAGCUCGCUACGCACAAAACGAAUCGCCGCCGGCAUUGGAAUAAUUUUCUUAAUGAUGAGCCUUGUGAUAAUUUUCAUCUUGGCCGUCAUUAUCUACCGGGUGCUCGUGUCGAUUCCACUCUUUCAAAACGCCACAUUCCGCUCGCAAGCACAAGCCAUCGCCAACGUGACCGGCGCAGUGGUCAACUUGAUCCUCAUCAUGGCCAUGAGCCGCGUCUAUGAAAAACUUGCCUAUCGUCUCACUACUUGGGAAAUGCAUCGCACACAAACCGAAUUCGACGACAACCUGACCUUCAAGGUGUUCAUAUUCCAGUUCGUCAACUUCUACUCUUCCAUUUUCUACAUCGCCUUCUUCAAAGGUCGCUUCGUCGGCUACCCGGGAAACUAUUCGCACAUCCUGCGCCUUCGCAACGAGGACUGCAGUGCGGGUGGCUGUCUAAUUGAGCUGGCGCAGCAGUUGGCCGUCAUCAUGAUCGGCAAGCAGAUCAUUAACAACGCCCAGGAGAUCAUCGUGCCAAAGCUGAAGGCGUGGUGGAUGAACAAGAGGGUGAAGAUCACAAAAAAGCAUAAAAGUCGCUGGCAAGAAGACUUCCAGUUGAUCACCAACGAAGGUCUCUUCCAGGAAUACCUAGAAAUGGUCCUCCAGUUUGGCUUCAUCACGAUAUUUGUGGCCGCUUUCCCUUUGGCCCCGCUCUUCGCAUUGCUCAACAACUGGGUUGAAAUCCGAUUAGAUGCACAAAAGUUUGUCUGCGAGACGAGGAGAACAGUGGCUGAGCGUGCAGAGAACAUAGGCAUUUGGUGCAAAAUACUCCACAUGCUUGCUCAUCUCGCCGUCAUCAGCAAUGGGUUUCUCAUCGCUUUUACGUCAGAGUUCUUGCCAAAACUGAUGUACCAAUACGAAUACGAUUGGGAACUGCGAGGUUACAUCAACUUCACGUUGGCCCAUUCCCCGAACGGCACACUUUCGCAGCCGUGCCGGUAUCGUGGGUUCCGUGACGAGUUCGGCAAUCACACUCCUUUCUUCUGGCGUUUGCUCGCCGUCAGAUUCGCGUUCGUCAUAAUAUUUGAGCAUGUAGUUUUCGGCAUCUGCCGAUUAAUAGACAUUCUUGUACCUGACAUUCCUGAGAGCCUCGAGCUGAAAAUCAAAAGGGAACGCUACCUGGCAAAGCAGGCUUUGCAGGAGUCUGACAACAUCUUGAAAGUGGCCGCAUUCAAAGGCGAGACUGACGACGACGAGGGGACAAUCCCAAACGGCAGAAUGGCCCUGGACCUGACCUCGGACCUCGGCGGCCACAGCAGCCACGACGACACCCUCGCCACCCCGAUCUCGGUGGUGGUGCACUCAGAGCUCGAGGAGGCAGGUCCCUCGAAACCCAAGUCUAAUGAAAAAGCUGACAAGCCAGUCACAUGACAGCAGGCGACCUCGAAGACGAGGUCGUCCAUUCCUCCGCCCGUGCCUCCAAGGUCGAAAAUCAGUGUGCCUUUGAACAAGAUGGCCAUCGGCACAAUUGGUCCCAGCAAGCCGGCCAAGGGACAAACUGAUCUCUAACAUUGGUGCUUCAAACGAAUAAUCGACUCGCGUUUAGUUUCCAAAAGACUAUUGUGAUUAACAGAGAAUUUCGAUUUUUGAAUUGUUACACAACCCGUACAGAAUUUCAGUUGCAUUUCAUAAUUAUAAUACAAACUCUCCACUUUUUGCUGAUCUGGUUUUUAACAACUUCAUCUUCUUCAAAAUAGCUUAAGACAAGAGAACGCAUUUCGAAACUUUAAUAUUAACCUCUCCUGUGGCGUGUGUUUAACCGUGCUCCUUUUUACUGACAAUAUAUGAGUAUACUUGAAUAUGCUCUGGUUCAAAUAAAUUAAAACAUUCACAGCAUUGUAAGCCCCAUUAAUUUUUUUCAGUUAAAUUCAAUACACGAAAACAGUAAUUAUUCAAUCUUAAUGUUAGCUGUAUUUGAUUUUAACCAUUUUGCCUGAUUUAUGGACGCCACAUUGUGCAGGCACACACUAUAUCCUCACCUUCCAAAACAUAUGAUUUCCAUCUUGGAAAAAAAUAAUAUUACCCUUUCACUGUGACAGCAGCAAAUCCUCUGAUAUUGAAUUAUUAUAACCUCACAAGUUAUUAUGCAUUUGUAAAUAAAAUUAAGAUUCACCCUCGUGUCUUUUAUAUGUAUGCCAUUCAUGAGCAAAAUAGGAAAAAUAAAAA